GGAAACAAUCUUGGACAGAGUAUUUUUAAGUAAAUUAACUUUUUUAUUAUUAUAUAAGAUUAACACUCGAACUAACUACUGUUAAAAUGUAAUGGAUUUACCAGAGUGUUACCAGUCUUGACCAUAGUUUUUAUACGAUGAUUUUAAUUAACUUUUAACCAGCUUUAAACUUUCUCUGUGUGUUUUUUGUGACCCUUUUUUUGUAUGGAUAUAACGUUAAGCAGACCAGCGGGAAACAAAACGUGCAAACAAGUGGAGACAAUUUGCCUCUAUUAAAGUGACAAUUUUACUAUCAGUUUAAAUUCAUUUUCACAAUUAAUUAACCAAAUUUUGGUUCAACAAUGAUCCUAUCUCUUCCAAAGUGUGCCUUAUCAACCAAGGAAUUUAAUUUAUUAUUUCUAAUUUGUGUUGCUCUCUUGUCAACCUGUAAUUUUGUAUAUUCCCAUGUUUCCCUGUCCUUUCCAAAAGCUAGAAAAUAUGAUUUUGAUUUUCUCGACAAUGGACGAACCAAAGGUCCAUGUGGGAUGCCUAAAGGAAUUGAACGAACAUCUUUACCUGCUGGAGUUCAGUUUAAUGUAACAUGGCAUCUGGCCUAUCCUCAUAAGGGUGGAUUUCGACUUGAAUUAUUGGAUCCAAGUGAGAAAUUAAUUUUAAAUUUAACUCAAUCAUCAACGUCAAAUCCAGCAAACAAUUGGAUUAAGGAUGACGAUGUAACAACUCAAUCUUAUCCUGUAACGUUACCCAAAACUCUGGUUUGCCGUGGGUGCACCAUUAGACUAUUAAGACAGGCCAGUGAAUGGGGCGAUAAAUAUACCUUCUGGAGUUGUGCUGAUGUAGAUAUCAUUCCUGUUUCAUCAAUAGUUACAAGUAAAAAUGCCGUUUGCUCAGGUAAUGGAAAGUUUGACAAGGAUUUGGGCGCUUGCCGAUGUAAUCGACCUUAUUCUGGAAUUGUGUGCCAAUUUUUAGAUGAAUGCUGGACCGAUGAUGAUUGUGGUAAUCGUGGUAAAUGCAUUCGUAUGAAUGGUACUUAUCCAACUAGGCAGUGUUUCUGUAAAGUUGGUUGGUUUGGUGAAAAAUGUUCAAAAGAGUCUACAAUAAAAUCAACUGAAAUUGAUAUAAAAAAUCAUAACCAUAGAGAAUUGACCAAAGGUUAUGAUCUUUACUGGAGAAUCAUCAAAGAAUCAGAAGAGAUUGAAGUUGUCCUCAAAUUGAAGGGUAAAGGUUAUGCGGCUAUUGGUUGGAGACCUCAAAAUAUUACCAAAGCAUGUAAAGCUUUUCCUUAUAUUGUUGACUCAAAGGGAGCUGAAAUAAUUAACCCACGAAACUCGAUUCUCCCAUUGAAUCAUUUGAAUUUGGCAAAUCGACGAGCAGAUAAUUUACCAAAUGAAUCUUCACCGACAUUCAAGAAAAUUAAAGUGCCCUCAUCAGGAAGUCUGAAUGCAGCUUCCAGGAUUUCUCCUGAUGCUGGUAAUGCUCCUAAAAAUAUCAAUGGAACGCGUCAACCUAAAAGCUCAGAGGUUUUAUUGGGAGGUCCCUUGACUUCUGCAUCGUCACCAUCAGCUGAACCAGAAUCAGUUCCAGUAGCUUCAUCAGAGCCUACUAGUUCUGUGACUAGUGAAGCAACUCCAGAAGCUGAAGCUGUGCCGGAACCAAAAUUAUCCUCUGACUCGUUAAAAGCCAAAUCUGAACCCGAGCCAGAACCUAAAGGAGAACCAGAAUCUGAACCUAAAGGGGAACCGAAAUCAGAACCUAAGAGUGAGCCAGAAUCUGAACCUAAAAGUGAGCCAGAAUCUGAACCUAAAGGAGAACCAGAGGCAGAACCAAAGCCUGAAUCUCAACCUGAACCUAAAGGGGAACCCGAAUCUGAGCCAACAGUGACUAAACAACCUGUGCCUGAAAGUUCCGUCGAACCAGCUGUUGGUGAACCUGCCGCAGAAUUUGCAACUGUUGCUUCAGUUUCAGCUGAACCAGAGGCAAAAUUAUCGUCAACUAGAAAUUCUAAGUCAAUUGAUACAUCUGAAGCUUCAUUGGCAUCUACUCCAGAGCCUAAUGCUGAAGUUGAACCUGAACCCACCAAAGGCGAGCCAGAACCUGAAGUUAAGCCUGAGAAUGAACCUGCAUCUGAGCCUGAGGUAUUAGCAAAAAAUUUAUCGAAACCAGAAGUUGAACCUGAAGUUGUUUCAACCGAACCCACGCCAGAGGGUGAACCUAAGCCAUCACCUGAACCUGAACCAGAAGUUUCUGCUUCAUCACCCAGUGAUCGAACUCCGUUUGUUGCUGGAAGUUAUUCACCUGUUGAGCUUGAUUCUGAAAUUAAGAUAAGAAAUAAAAGACAAUCUGAUCCUCAACUUUCUUUCAUUGGAAGUGCCUCACCAGUUAAGCCUCGUCGAGCUACUAAUGGCUGGCAGCAAAAUGAUUACCCACCGGCUACAGAUUUUACUCCUAAAUUUGAUUUCCAUGCAAUGGAUUGUAAUGAUAUUGUUAUUGGUUCAGCCAUUGGUGAAUAUGGUCGAGUAUUAGAUCACUAUACUCGAGAUAGAUCAACACCUAGACUUGAUUCUUUAUUUGGCGGUAAAGACGACUUAACUGCUGCAGUAGCAUCUGAAUCAAAUGGAAUGACUACAAUAAUUUUCCGUAAAAAGUUGAUCGCGGAAGAAUUAACUGAUCACAGUAUAAUUAAUGAAACGAUUGAUGUUAUCUGGGCUAAAGGACAAGAACAUAAUAAUUAUAAUCACAAUCCAGCCUCUGGUCUUGAACUAGGAAAGGCUAAAAAUCCAAACUUUUAUGGUCAAGCAGAGGUUAAAUACCAUGGACAUGGAGAUCAACGAGGAAAGGCUGAAAUAAACUUCUAUGAAACACCUUUAUUGGAAAAAGCUGUUGACGUUAAAAAUGUAACCUCAGUUGAACCUCAAUGUAAUGGCGAAUUCCGUUAUCCUGCUAAUUGUAAAGGACGAGCCUGUGAUUAUCUAUUCUCAUGGAAAUAUGUCGAUGACUUUGAUGGAAUUGACUUUUCAGUUUCUGCCAAACGCGUUGACAAAUGGACUGGAGUUGGUUUCUCAAAAGAUCUUAAAAUGCCCAAAUCAGAUGCCGUUAUUGCUUGGGUUGAACCAGGAGGACGUUAUUUAAUGAUGGAUGCUUGGUUAGACGGUUACGCUCCACCAAAACCUGAUUUCCGUCAAUCUAUAUUUAACAUAUCGGCACUUGCUGAAAAUGGAUUGAUUACAUUUAAAUUUUCACGGAAAGUUGACACUUCAGAUUCCAAACAUGAUAUAUCAUUCAAUGAAUGUGUUUACUUUUUCUAUCCUGUUUCCGGUGGUCCUGUUGAUCCAUCAAGAAAAAAUAUCCUCUCUCAUUUACAGAAGCCAAUGAUCAGCAAAGACAAAAUCUGCUUUGCUAAAUGUCGCCCUCAACCGGUACCUGAACCUGCACCUGAACCGAAUGGUAUUGGUAAGACUGCUAUCACAGAGCUCUCUAACUCAAAACCAGAGUCAGAACCAAAGCCUGAAUCUCAACCUGAACCUAAGCCGGAACCUAAACCCGAAUCAGAACCGAAGCCUGAACCAAAGGCAGAAGCUGAACCUAAACCAGUGCCAGAGGUAGGACAAAGUCCGAAACCGGAACCAGCUGCCGAGCCUAAUCCGGUUCCUGAAUCUAAUCCUGAACCUAGCUCAACACCUGAGCCAGUCAACAAAAUUGAAACUAAAUAUGGAACUGUUUGUGCUGGUGAAUGGAAAUAUCCUUCCAACUGUACUGGCUAUGGCUGUGAUUACCAGAUAGCCUGGGAAUACAUGGAUGACACCGAUGAGAUAAUGUUCAAUUUGCAAACUAAAAAUACCAACAGAUGGACUGGUAUUGGUUUCUCUAAUAAUAAACGCAUGCCGAACACUGAUGUUAUCCUUGGACUCGUUGAAGAGUCAGGUCGAUUCUUUUUGAUGGACACGUGGUUGGAUGGAUAUACAAGCCCACCUUUGGAUAAGAAACAAGAUAUCCAUAAUUCCACCGCUUGGCGUGAAAACGGAAUCACAAAUCUCAAAUUUUACAGAUUCCGUAAGACCAGUGAUCCUAAAGAUUUUGAGUUCAACGAUACUGCAUGUCCUUACUUUGUAUUCCCUAUUCGAGGAGGCGUUUUUAAUGCUGUUAACAAACGCAUUCGUAAACAUGAAGAUGUUCCCAUCAUUUCUGAAGAUCGAGUUUGUAUUAGAUCAUGCAAACCUAAGCUUCCAUCAUCCCCUGCCCCAACUCCUAUUCCUGUUCCAUCUCCUAAACCUGAGAUUAAACCUGAGAUUGAACCAGAAGAAGAUCCUAAACCUGAAGUAAAGCCUCCAGCUAUUGAAGCUGAACCACAGCCUGAGAAACCUGUUGAGGCCAAGCAACCUCAAAGUGAGAAAACUACUCAAAAACCACCCGAAUCUAGUACUUCCGCAUCUAGUAAUACUGAUGAACAGCCAGUUACCACUAUUAAACCCGAGGAAAAUGAUGUAGUAUCUGCAGACGAAACAAUGGUUGUGCUCGAAAUCAAGAUGCCAAAUGCAUGGAAAUCUAGUUUGGGUCAGCGAAAUUCUCCUGAUUAUCGAAAAUUAAUGACCAAAUUAGAAGAUCAAUUGGAAAAAGAGUUACAAGACAAUGGAAGAAUUCCUAAGCAAAUAGAAGUCACCGAUAUCUCUGGUGUUGGCGAAAAUGGUGUUUUAGCUACAGUCAAAGUAGAAGUUGCCAAUAUAACUGAAUCUCGAGCUCGUUACGACAAACCCGUAAUAAGUAUACGAGAGGCUCUCAAUGAAACUAUUAGAGAUGGUAAAGUCGGUAACUUAGUUGUCGACCCAUCUUAUUUAAUUUUUAAAUCUCCAGAACUCAUUGAUGUUUCUGGUGAAUCAAGUGAUACUAAAAAAGCUGGUCUUAGCUCUGAACAGUUAACUUACCUCGCCAUUAUCGUUGGUCUUUCUAGUUUAGUGAUAUUAUGUAUCUCUCAAGCUCUCUGUAUGGUUUGGAGAGAAAAGAGUAACAAAGAGAAAAAGAUUAAGGAAAAAGCCAUUGUUAACUCUCAUUAUAAAGAUUAUUCUGCAACCACAACAAGCAGUGCGUAUAGUUAUGAAAAUUUUGCAGUUCAAGAUGAUCCCGAUGGCGUUGGUUACAAACCAAUUGGAUCAAAAAUGAAUGGAAAUGGCAAUAAACCAGAAUCUGGUAAUAAAAAGAAGAGUUCAAAAGGAUCGACAAAUGGUUUAUCCAAUUAUAAUAGUGCAACUGUUGAUCGAACAGACUCAAAAACUUCCACUUUUGGAUAUCCAAGUGCCUAUGCAACUCAUGAUCGUAAAGAUAAUAAUACAUUCCGUUAUAUUAGUCAACCGCAGCCAUUAACUCCGGACUUUUACUUCAUGCCUCAUCAGAGGAGAUACUCUGGUGAAGUAGUUCGGGUCUUUGUCGAUUACAAUAAUCCACAAUACAUGCCUAAAUAAGGUGCCUUUUUAUUCUCAACACUGCAAAUCUGUAUAAAUACCAACAUCUUAACUUUUCGACUAACUUUGUCAAGUCGAAUUUUUCAAUAAUUAAAUUAAUUAUACUUCAA